UUGUUUAUUAGUUUCGAUAAGCGGCAGAGGCGUGCACACAAGAGGGGCUGGAAAGACUGGAGUUACUGUCUUUCCCCUCCUGGUAUUCCUCGUCCGUCUGAUAUCUUCUUGCCUCAUAUACAGGACGUUCGAAGCGACUGAAUUGGUUUGCAGGAUGCUCGGUGAUUUUUUCUCACCGGUGUAGGAUGUGAGAUGGCGAAGCCGCGUCUGCGGUGGACUCCUACCGUCACUGUGUGAUCUCUGUGCGCGCGCCUGCCUGCCUGCGUGUGUGAGAGAGAGAGACACACACGGAUGAUCUCGCGCCACAGCCUACACACAUCAACACCUUAUGAGGUGAUCACUGAUCAUUCAAUGUUGUAAGAGCCAGGGGAUUUUAUUUUUUAUUUUUAUUUUUUUUUUUAAAAAAAGGGGGCAAAAAGAUGCUUCGUUUAGUUUUGGCAGCUGCUGUUCGGAACAAACCCGGAUAACGCAAGGAGAGCCAGAAAGCAGCGAUCGCAGGCUUGCAGCACAAGCGAACGGAGCUCGGGGAAAGCCGAGCGCACUCGAGAACGGGAAUACAGCCACAUCAGCACUCGCAGUUCGACGCCAAUGGAGUCUCCGCACAAGAGGAAGACGCCGAAGAGGAAGUGGCAGGUCUUUCCUGGGAGGAAUAAAUUCUACUGCGAUGGCAGGAUUAUGAUGGCAAGACAGACCGGGGUUUUCUACCUGACGCUCGUUCUCAUCCUCGUCACAAGCGGACUCUUUUUUGUGUUUGACUGUCCGUUCUUGGCGGCCACGCUGAGUCUAGCGAUCCCCGUGGUGGGUGGCGUGCUGUUCUUCUUCGUACUGGGGACGUUACUCAGGACGAGCUUCAGCGACCCCGGCGUCCUGCCCAGAGCCACCCCGGACGAGGCCGCAGACUUGGAGAGACAGAUAGAUGUCGCCAAUGGUUCCAGUACUACAGGAUACCGGCCUCCACCUCGGACAAAAGAGAUCACCAUUAACGGACAGACGGUGAAGCUCAAGUACUGUUUUACUUGUAAGAUCUUCAGACCACCGCGUGCAUCGCACUGCAGUCUUUGUGAUAACUGCGUGGAGCGGUUCGAUCAUCACUGCCCCUGGGUAGGCAACUGCGUCGGAAAGAGGAACUACCGCUUCUUCUACAUGUUCAUCCUGUCUCUGUCCUUCCUCACAAUCUUCAUCUUCGCCUUCGUCAUCACGCACAUAAUCAUGAAAUCCCACAGCAACGGGUUCCUCAGCGCACUCAAAGACAGUCCUGCCAGUGUGCUGGAGGUUGUUGUGUGUUUUUUCUCCGUGUGGUCAAUAGUGGGACUCUCCGGCUUUCACACCUACCUAAUUGGAUCCAAUCAGACCACCAAUGAAGAUAUUAAGGGCUCAUGGUCAGCAAAAAGAGGGAAAGAUAACUACAACCCUUACAGCUAUGGAAAUAUCUUCACAAACUGUUGCGCAGCGCUCUGCGGUCCUCUUCCACCCAGUCUCAUCGACAGAAGAGGCUUGGUCCUGCCCGAGACGCUGCAGCCUGCACCGCCCACGAAUGGUAUCACAAUGUACGGUGCCACUCAGUCCCACACCCGCAUGUGUGACCAAGACCAGUGCAUUCAGAGCACCAAAUUCGUUUUGCAGGCCGCCGCUACGCCGCUGCUGCAGAGCGAGACCCCGGUCACGGCUGAUGAGUCAUCGGCGCCUGGAAAGCCAGCCCUAGGGGCUCCCUGCCCGUUGCUUCCUCUCGGCCAGCCCACACCACCGACCUCCACCCCGAGUCUGAGCUGUGACGCUGAGAGUCUGAGCCCUCCUGCCCCCGAGGCCCAACACCACUUCCUCACGCCUGACGAUGCCCCGUCGCCCCCAGGCAUGCUUCCCUGCACAAGCCCGCUGGACCACGGCCACACAGCGCCCUUCUACAACCCCGCCAGCCAGGACUCUCUACACGAGGACUCGGUCAGAGGCCUGAUCAAACUCAGCUCUGUUUAAAUCUACUGAUGCGUGGUCAUCUCGUGUGUCGCUUCCCACACUGCCCUUUAAUCUGUGCCAAGAGCCUGCUCGCUCCUCAUCGUAACACUCAGUACAAUCUCAGUGAUCUGACUGACUAAAUCACUCAGUGUGGACCGGAACACGUUUAAACCCAAUCUGCCACACUCCCAAGCCACAAAGUGAGCUGCCAAAUCCGUCUUUGCUCCUCUGGACUGUCUGGAUACGGGAGCUGCUGCCCCAAGGGCUGGGUGGCUUCUAAAACAAAGGGCUGUAACUAAUUCAGUGCAUCGAACCGUUUAAGAAGAGGACGUUCCACUUGAAAAGCUGCUUCAUGUGUCACUCGCUGGGAUUCACUUUGUAUUUUUUGGGCUGUUUUCCAAAAAAAAAAAUAAAUAAAAAAAUCUGAAUCCCUUUUUGACGAUUGGGAACGGACAGUUUUUGCCACCCGUCUUUUGAGAUCAUUGCACAGUUGAUAACAUGAGCUGUUGCCAUGAUGAUGCAGAUGCAUAAACUUUCUCUCUCUCUAUUUUUUUUUUUUACAUAUUUUGGAAAGUAUAUGAUCUAGUCUUGUGCCACAAACAGAUGUUUUCCUUUCUCGACAAAUUGGUGUCUAUCACAUGGAUAUUACUGCAUUCCCUGACUUUUAAAUGGGAUAACGUGUAAAAGCCGUUCCUGCAUCUUUAAAGACUCGAUGUUGUAUGCUGCGAAGUUCCCUGGUCUGCAUAAACACAGUGUUAUCUUGUGAUGAUUGCCUGUGGUGGAUGUCUUACCAACACGACCUAUGAUACUGUGUCAUGGAAAAAUAAUACACUGCCCAAUAAAAUCUGAUUCGUUACGAGUAUCAGUUACUUGCUUGAUAUCAGAGUUGUUAGAAUGCCGUUGUUUGCAAUAAGCAUCAUCAGUAGCUUUGUCUUUGUACUCCACAACCUUUCACCAAAUGCAGGAAAACUUUAGCGAGGUUUAGUUUUUUUUAGUUUAGGAUCCACUCAAAAAUGUCUCAUUUUCAGAAGACUUCUGUUACUCUAGUAAAUGAAUACAUGUAUAGACCUGAAUGAAGACUGUGUUUUUCAAAAGCUACUGAAUCUGUAUUGUGUGAUAUUACUACAGACAAAAUUAUCUACGUUUUUUCUUCGGCUAUAACAGAAACCUAAGCGCAAUUAUUAAUAAAUGAAAUUUCACAUCUACAACAUUACACUCGAGCCAAAAUCUGUUCAGUGAGACCGACAUGGCUUAUUAUUUAUUUAAGUUGUAACAUGUUUUUCUGUUUUCCCCCUAACUUCAGAUCAUUAAAAUACAAAAUCAUUUUUAAAACCUACUGUAAGGUAAGGUAAAGUUUUAUGGUGGUGAUUCUUCCUGCUGAGAAAGUCGUCUCAGGAAAGUGUGCCACAAAGACGUCAAUCUCUUUAACAUCUGUCUUGAGACAUCUGUCGCUAGACUUCAACUGUAAUUAUUUUAGUAUUUUUUAACAAGAUUUAUUUAAC